UGCCAUCAAGUCUUUUAAAAAUCCUUCACUAAAGCCAAACAGAUCAUUUUGGAGCCAAUCUCUUUCUCCCUCUCUCUCUCAUUUCAUCCUCUGUUCCUCUCUUUCUUUGGAAGGUAUCUAGGGUUCUCAACAGUGAAUCUUCCCCAUCGCUUACAAGGGGGAUUACGUGAGAUAUGCUGUUACUCUUUAAUUAGGAUUCAGCAUAACAAUAUUUUAGUGAUAUGGCAACUGAGAGCCCUAUUAGAAUGCCCUCCCACAAUGAGGCUGCGACUUUUGUAUCAUCAACUCCUAAUAUGUCUGUGGAGGAUUUAGGAUUGCUAAGGAAGGGUCAAAAGUUCCAUGGUAAUGGGAGAGACAUGGUCCCCAAUCGAAGUGGAAGCGCACCUCCAAGCAUGGAAGGUUCGUUUCUAGCCAUAAACAACCUCAUUUUCCAGCAUAACACUAACUUGGGGAAUUUAAAUAGUGCUGUCCAAAACUCUCAGCCAGAGAAGCAAUCAUCAUAUUUGGCUUUUUAUGAUUCCAAUAUUAACCUGAACCCUAGACUUCCAACACCACCCAUUUCUAGGGAGAAUCGGCACAUGGGAAGCCAUAUUGGUAGAUUUGGCAGUAAUUGGGGGUUGACUUCAGUAGAUGACAGCGGUAACAUUUCCUUGCAUUUGUCACAAGUUACCCUUUCUACGCACAAGGAAGAGUCAGAAGAUGAUAAUUCACCCCAUCAACCCUCUGAUGAUUUGAUAGGCCAGACAAAUGGGUUUUGGUCUGGUGAGGAUUCAUCUGCAUUGAUUGGCCAGUCCAGAAGCCUGGUUGAUUUAUUUCAGGAGGAUUACCCUCGAACUCCAUCACCUGUAUAUAAUCAGGCUCACUCCUUGAGUCCUGGAACAACAGAUGAAGCAGCUGAUCGCGAUGCUGAUUCCAGUUUGUUGUAUAAUCCUCCUGCUGACACAAUGAAUGCUGCUGCAUCAUCUCUAGGUACUGAUAGGAUAGUGUUAUCAUCAGUUGCUGCUCCCUCAACCACUCUUGUUUCAAGCUCAUCACCUCCUAAAUGUACAGGAACCACACAACCAAUGCAACCACUUCGGCAAGGAAAUUUAAAUAGUGCAGAUGUUAUUGUUCUUGAAUCUAAAAUGAAGGGUCUUAACAUAUCUAGCCUUCCGGAUUCAAAAGACCAAAAGUAUCAGCAACAAUGGCAACAUGGCUAUCAUGGAAAUAUGCUGCAGCACCAAGUAAUCCAACAACAGAACAAUUCAUUUCAAGUUCAAAGUGUCAAGUCUCAAAUGGGUGCCCAGGGAGCAAAUUCUGCAUAUGUUGAAAUGAAUCAGUUUCUCCAUGGCCCUUCAAAAUUCUCAGCAGAAGUGCAGCCAGUAUUACAGUCAUCUGGUUUCACACCUCCUCUUUAUACACCGGCAGCAGCGUACAUGACUUCAUCAAAUCCGUUUUACCCUAAUCUACAGCCUCCUGGUUUAUAUUCUCCACAAUACAGUGCGGGAGGAUACACUUUGAAUUCAACUGUUGUUCCUCCUUUCUUGGCUGGAUAUCCUCAUGGUGCUAUUCCAAUGGUUUUUGAUGGUUCUGCUGGUCCAAACUUUAAUGCCCACAUGCCUGGGGCUUCAACUGGAGGGAGCAUUGACAAUGGAACUGAUAUGCAACAUUUGAACAAAUUCUAUGGUCAUCUUGGAUACCAAAUGCAACCUCCUUUUACGGAUCCUGCAUAUACACAAUACUAUCAACAGUCUUAUGGACCAUCUUAUAAUUUUUCUGGUCAAUUUGAUCCACUGGCUUCUGGUGCUAAUGUUAUUGGGAGCCAAAAUAGUACUCCUGACACAAAGAAAGGAUCAGAGGUUAAUGUUGCCUCAAAUGACCAGAAAUUGUACCACCAGCUCAGUGGAGGGAGUAACCUGUACCAAGGUAGGGGGGGAAUAAUUAGUCAUUAUUUUGGGAGCCCCUCAAACAUGGGUAUCUUGAUGCAAUACCCAUCAUCACCACUUGCUAGUCCAGUUUUGCCAGGAUCCCCUGUUGGAGGGACUGGGAGUUCUGGAGGGAGAAAUGAGAUGAGGUUCCCAUUGGGUACUGGUAGAUUUCCUGCUGUAUAUUCUGGAUGGCAAGGCCAGAGAGGAUCAGAGAGUUUUAAUGAUGCUAAAAUAUAUAAUUUUCUUGAGGAGUUGAAAUCUGGCAAAGGCCGUAGAUUUGAGCUAUCUGAUAUUGCUGGGAAUAUUGUUGAAUUUAGUGCUGAUCAACAUGGGAGCCGAUUUAUUCAGCAGAAGUUGGAGACUUGUAGUGCUGAAGAAAAGGCAUCUGUAUUUAAGGAAGUUCUUCCAUUCGCUCCAAAACUAAUGACUGAUGUUUUUGGAAAUUAUGUGAUUCAGAAGUUUUUUGAGUAUGGAAGCCCUGAGCAAAGGAAUGAACUUGCUAAUCAGCUUACUGGUCAGAUUUUAACUCUAAGUCUGCAAAUGUAUGGUUGUCGUGUGAUCCAAAAGGCACUUGAGGUAAUUGAGCUUGAUCAGAAAGCACGGCUUGUUCGUGAACUGGAUGGACAUGUUAUGCGAUGUGUACGAGAUCAAAAUGGCAAUCAUGUGAUACAGAAGUGUAUCGAGAGUGUUCCAACAGAGAAAAUUGGAUUCAUAAUAUCUGCCUUCCGUAGUCAUGUUGCAUCACUUUCUAUGCACCCUUAUGGUUGCCGUGUCAUACAGAGGGUUCUAGAGCAUUGUACAGAUGAGCUCGAAUGUCAGUUUAUAGUGGAUGAGAUUUUAGAGUCAGUCUGUGUUCUUGCUCAGGAUCAGUACGGUAAUUAUGUUACUCAGCACGUGUUGGAGAGAGGAAAAUCUCAAGAAAGGUGCCAAAUUAUUAGCAAGUUGUCAGGGCAUAUUGUACGACUGAGCCAGCAUAAAUUUGCAUCUAAUGUCAUUGAGAAAUGUUUGGAGUAUGGUGGUGCCAGUGAGCGGGAACUAAUAAUUGAAGAGAUUCUUGGGCAGAGUGAGGGAAAUGAUAACUUACUGAUUAUGAUGAAGGACCAGUUUGCAAAUUAUGUUGUUCAGAAGAUCCUUGACACAUGUACUGAUACUCAACGAGCAAUGUUGUUUGACCGUAUAAAAACUCAUGUUCAUGCUUUGAAAAAAUAUACUUACGGGAAGCACAUUGUUGCUCGAUUUGAACAACAAUGCGGGGAAGAAAAUCAAGCACUGUGAUCAUAAUCGACAAUAACAAGUAUCUGUGAAGGACGGUGCCAGUUAUUCUCUCCUUUCUUCUGGCAUUUAAAAGGAAUACAUGGAGUUGUGUCGUGUUCUUUGACUUGAUUAUGUUUACUACGAUUGCUUCUGUCGUACGAAAUCUUCCACCAGUAAUAAUAGGGUUGACAUUGUAAAAUCGGUAAAUAUGUGUGCUUUCGAACAGUUUGCUUUCAUGUUUUAUAGCUCAAAUAUCCAGGUCCAAAGAAAAAGGACAAAAAAAAAAACAAAAAAAGAGUAACAGUAGGAAGUGUAGAUUGCAACAGAUGGAAGAUGAAUUAUUUGGAAGGGAAAGCUUUGUGGUGGCUGAUGUAAAAUUGUUGGUAGUUUUGUUUCUAUGAAGUAUAUUUAUACGUGUAAUGAGCAAGAAAUUAGUCAUGAUUUGAUUGGCUAGAAAUAGAAAUCAAAAUUUCAGUUCCAUUCA